GCGUGUGUCUAUAACUUUGUGCUGCUGCCGCGGCCGCCCUGCUCGUGGAAAGGAGGAGGAGGAGGAAUGUGGAAGGCGACGGUGGGCAAGCUGACAGGCGGUUACUCGGGCGGGCUGCGGCGGCGGCCCGAGCGCUUCUCCCUCGCCGAGGUUGCGCGCCUCCUCCUCGCCGUGUCCCGGGCCCGCGCGGGAUUGUGCGUCGUCCCGCCUCGUCCCUGAAGGGAAGGAACCGAGGCGGCGGCGGCGGCGGCGCCCGGGAGCCGGAGCCUUCGCGGCGCCCACGUCCCUCCCCCGCCGCACCCCGCCCCGGCGCAAGAGGAGAGCGCGAGAGCCGGAGCCUCGGGAGGGCGGAGAAGAUGGCAGAGGCACCGGCCUCCCCGGCCCUGCUCUCUCCGCUCGAAGUGGAGCUGGACCCGGAGUUCGAGCCCCAGAGCCGGCCGCGCUCCUGUACGUGGCCCCUGCAGAGGCCAGAGCUCCAGGCGAGUCCGGCCAAGCCCUCGGGGGAGACGGCCGCCGACUCUAUGAUCCCCGAGGAGGAGGACGACGAAGACGAUGAGGACGGCGGUGGCCGUGCCGGCUCGGCCAUGGUGAUAGGAGGCGGCGGGAGCGGCGUGCUAUGCUCUGGGCUGCUCCUUGAGGACUCGGCCCGGCUGCUGGUUCCCGGAGGGCAGGACCCCGGGUCCGGGCCAGCUCCCGCGGCAGGCGCGCUGAGCGGGGGAACUCAGACGCCACUGCAGCCUCAGCAGCCGCUGCCACCGCCGCAGCCGGGGGCGGCUGGGGGCUCUGGACAGCCGAGGAAAUGCUCGUCGCGGAGGAACGCCUGGGGGAACCUGUCCUACGCCGACCUGAUCACCCGGGCCAUCGAGAGCUCCCCGGAUAAACGGCUCACUUUGUCCCAGAUCUACGAGUGGAUGGUGCGCUGCGUGCCCUACUUCAAGGAUAAGGGCGACAGCAACAGCUCUGCCGGCUGGAAGAAUUCUAUCCGGCACAACCUGUCUCUGCAUAGCCGAUUCAUGCGGGUCCAGAAUGAGGGAACCGGCAAGAGUUCUUGGUGGAUAAUCAACCCUGAUGGGGGGAAGAGUGGGAAGGCCCCCCGGCGGCGGGCCGUCUCCAUGGACAACAGCAACAAGUAUACCAAGAGCCGUGGCCGAGCCGCCAAGAAGAAGGCAGCCCUGCAGUCAGCCCCGGAGUCAGCCGACGACAGUCCCUCCCAGCUCUCUAAGUGGCCUGGCAGCCCCACGUCCCGUAGCAGUGAUGAGCUGGAUGCGUGGACAGACUUCCGCUCACGCACCAAUUCCAAUGCCAGCACAGUGAGUGGCCGCCUGUCUCCCAUUCUGGCAAGCACAGAGUUGGAUGACGUCCAGGAUGACGAUGCUCCUCUCUCACCCAUGCUCUACAGCAACUCAGCAAGCCUGUCCCCCUCUGUCAGCAAGCCGUGCACUGUGGAGCUGCCGCGGCUGACCGACAUGGCGGGCACCAUGAAUCUGAACGACGGGCUGGCUGACAACCUCAUGGAUGACCUGCUGGAUAACAUCCCGCUUCCAUCAUCCCAGCCGUCACCCACUGGGGGGCUCAUGCAGCGGAGCUCUAGCUUCCCCUACCCCACCAAGGGCUCCGGCCUGGGCUCUCCAACCAGCUCCUUUAACAGCACGGUGUUCGGACCUUCGUCCCUCAACUCCCUGCGCCAGUCUCCCAUGCAGACCAUCCAAGAGAACAAGCCAGCUACCUUCUCUUCCAUGUCCCACUAUGGGAACCAGACACUCCAGGACCUGCUGACCUCGGACUCACUCAGCCACAGUGAUGUCAUGAUGACCCAGUCAGACCCUUUGAUGUCUCAGGCCAGCACUGCAGUAUCUGCCCAGAAUUCCCGCCGGAACGUGAUGCUUCGCAGCGACCCAAUGAUGUCCUUCGCCGCCCAGCCCAACCAGGGGAGUUUGGUCAAUCAGAACUUGCUCCACCACCAGCACCAAACCCAGGGCGCUCUCGGUGGCAGCCGUGCCUUGUCGAAUUCCGUCAGCAACAUGGGCUUGAGUGACUCGAGCAGUCUUGGGUCAGCCAAACACCAGCAGCAGUCACCUGUCAACCAGUCUAUGCAAACCCUUUCGGACUCUCUCUCAGGCUCCUCCUUGUACUCAAGUAGUGCAAACCUUCCCGUCAUGGGCCAUGAGAAGUUCCCCAGCGACUUGGACCUGGACAUGUUCAAUGGGAGCUUAGAAUGUGACAUGGAGUCUAUUAUCCGUAGUGAACUCAUGGAUGCUGAUGGGUUGGAUUUUAACUUUGAUUCCCUCAUCUCCACACAGAACGUUGUUGGUUUGAACGUGGGGAGCUUCACUGGUGCUAAGCAGGCCUCAUCUCAGAGCUGGGUGCCAGGCUGAAGGAUCACUGAGGAAGGGGAAGUGGGCAAAGCAGACCCUCGAACUGACACAAGAUCUACAGAGAAAACCCUUUGCCAAAUCUGCUUUCAGCAAGUGGACAGUGAUACCGUUUACAGCUUAACACCUUUGUGAAUCCCGCGCCAUUUUCCUAACCCAGCAGAGACUGUUAAUGGCCCCUUACCCUGGGUGAAGCACUUACCCUUGGAACAGAACUCUAUAAAGUAUGCAAAAUCUUCCUUGUACAGGGGUGGCGAGCUGCCCCGCUAGCACCGCCCCCCUGGCUCAGAGCACACCGGGAGCCCCCGUCAAUUCUGUGGUGUUUUAAUAUUGCGAUGGUCUAUGGGAUGUUUUAAGUGUCAUUCUUGUGUGUGUUUUCUUUGACUUUCUGAGUUUUUCACAUGCAUUAACUUCCAGUAUUUUUCUGUUAAAAUGUUAACAGUCCUUUCCCCUGGCAAAUUUAAAUACAAAUGUACCAGUUACCAUUCCAGCUUCACAAGCUUUUGAGCCCAUGGAAUUCCGUAAACUAGAGGGAGAUUUUCUUUCUUCUUUUGUUUAGUAGAAAAUUAUCCUUUGCUAAAAACUGAACAAUAGCAUAGUUGUUUGCUCUGUACACCCAUCUAGGACUGAGCCAUGCAGAGGCAGAACCGGUGGAGCACAGCGUCUGGCUCAGUGUGUCCCAGUUCUGAGUCGGGUGGCCUGUGGGUGGGACCCCAACACCUGGUCUGUGGCUGCCAGAUCAGCAGGGCCUGUGAUCGCCUGUCAGUGUCCUCAGCUAAUGUGAACAGUAUUGGUCUGUUAGAAACCAGGAUCUUUUAAGGAAAGAAAGCAGCACAGCUGUCCACUCGUUGCCAAAUGCCACUAAAGGGUUUAGUUUUAAGGAGAAAAGGAAAGG